AAAGUUUAAUACUACUCAUCAUUCAUCCUAUAAAAAAAAGCUCUCUCUUUUGCUUUUGCUUUUCCUGUGUCCUUCUGCGAAAGUAGAGAAACCCUAAAAAAAAACCCCACACAACACAAAUAUAAAUCAUCUUCGUCUUCAUCUUCAUGGAUCUCUCAUCUCCGCCCCCUUCAUAACCCUAAAAAAAAAAAAAAAAAAAAAUCCCCCUUUUCCAAAUCUCACUCGCUUUGGCCUCUCUCUCUCUAAAACCCUAACAAUUCCUUGACUUUUUCUUCGUCUUCGUCCACGUUUUCUACCUGAUAAUCUUCAGGUUCACAUUUCUCUCUUGAAGACUAAUACUUUGGCUACUGAUUUAAUGGCUACUGCAUUGGAUAUGUCACUUGAUGAUCUUAUUAAAAAUAGAGGUUCCCGUGAGAGAGUUAGAGGGCGAGGUAGAGUUCGCCGUGGCCGUGGACCAGGCAGGGCCCCUGGUGGUGGAAGAAUGCCUGGGGCAUUUCGUAGAGGUCCUCUUGCAGUGAAUCCUCGGCCAUCACCAUACAACAUUGCUAAGUCUGUCCGCAGAACCAGGAAUUUCCCAUGGCAGCAUGAUUUAUUUGAAGAGAGCCUUAGAGCUGCAGGGAUACCAGGGAUAGAAAUUGGCACAAAGUUAUAUGUUUCCAACUUGGAUUCUGGAGUGACUAAUGAAGAUAUAAGGGAACUCUUUGCUGAGAUUGGGGACCUGAAAAGAUAUGCAGUUCAUUAUGACAAAAAUGGUCGCCAAAGUGGUUCAGCUGAAGUUGUGUAUACCAGAAGAAGUGAUGCCUUUGCGGCUCUUAAGCGGUAUAAUAAUGUUCUCUUGGAUGGAAGGCCCAUGAGGAUUGAAAUUGUUGGUGCCAAUUCAGAUGUGCCUGUUUCAGCUCGAGUGAAUGUUACUGGAGUAAAUGGAAGGAGGAAGAGGACAGUUGUUAUGACGCCUAGGUUGGGUCCAAUUGAAGGCUCUGCUGCAGUUAAGCGUGGCUCUGGUCAAAGCCGACGUGGGGGUGCAAGGGGUGGCCGUGCACGGGGUCGGGGUCGGGGCCGAGGUCAAGGUCAAGGUCAAGGACGAGGUAGGGGCCAGGUCCAGGGCCAGGGCCAGGGUCGGGGUCGUGAAAAGAAUCAAGCAGUUGAGAUGUCUGUGGAUGAACUUAAUGAUGACCUGGAUAACUAUCAUGCUGGAGCUAAGCACAUUUGAGAGUUUUCAAGCCGAAGAACUGUUCUGUGGAAUUAAAUAUAUUAAUAGUAGUCAAUUUUAGCUGUCAGUUGUACAAAUUUGGUUAUUUUGUUGGUGACUUGUGUCUAUUUUCGGCUUAAUGCUUAGAUGGAGCAUGCGGUGAAUUUUCAUCACAGGAUAUGUGUAGCGUAAAUGAAGCUGCUGGAUGAUUCUUCAUUCUCUAGUCUUGGUUUUCUUCACAAAUUUAUAUAUAACUCGUUUGCCAUUUAUC